AUGACAAAAGCGCAAGAAAAUGGAGUCCCCGAGACGAAACAUGUGCGAAUCGCAAAUGAACAUACGCCGAAAGAUGAUGGCGAUUCGGUGAAAGCUCGUCGGCUCGAGUUGGCCAGAUUGAGGAUGAUGGAGGUGUCUCCUUUAAUCCUUCCGGGAAGAAGAGUGGCUGGUCCAAGAAUUCUCCCACCAAACAGUCCCAUCAGAAGAAGGAGGAGAAGUUUCUCGGAUAUUAAGAGUCUCAACCGAGAGGCGACCUUCUCGAACGGUUUUGGCAUUAGUCGCACCCUCUCCCAGGAUAGCACCGCUCGUUUCUCGAGCCAUAUUCAGGAGUUGAUCUUCGACUUGUACAAAGAGGAAAACGAUAAGAUUCUGCUGCCGAAGUUCUUGAAGAACCUAACAGAAUGCGGGAUUCGACGCGACGAUCCUCGCUUGAUGGCUAUGUUAGCGAGGUUGAGAGAAGCCGAGAAUACGGACAGCGAUGGAUUGCUCGAUCCCGAAUCUCUCUACUUGGAUCGAGAAACAUUCAAAAAAUCAGUUGGCGAUUCGAUUGGAGUGAUUUCAAAAGCACUGAAAGGACAGCUGAUCAUCCCGGAUUGGGGAACCUUCACGCAAACGAUUGGCGAGAUUUUCGAUGUGGUUCGCCCGGAAAGGGGAGGAAAUGUAGCCACGUAUAUCCCGCAAUUGGCUCGCUGUGAUCCAAACUAUUGGGCGGUGGCAGUGUGCACGAUUGAUGGACAAAGGAAGAGUUGGGGAGAUGCUAAUGUUCCGUUCUGUCUACAGAGCGUUUCCAAGCCAUUCACCUAUGCCCUUUGUCACGAGGAGCUUGGGCCCGAGAAGCUGCAUUCAUUUGUCGGACAAGAGCCAUCAGGAAGACUGUUCAAUGAAAUUUGUCUAGAUCAUUCGAAAAAACCCCACAAUCCGUUGAUCAACGCCGGAGCGAUCAUGUGUGCAGCAUUGAUGAAAAAAGAUGCCCAACUCGCUGAUCGAUUCGAUUUUGCUCUGAGAAGUUUCCGUCGUUUCGCUGGCAAUGGAUUUGUCGGCUUCAACAACUCGGUCUUUCUAUCGGAACGAGAUACAGCUGACCGAAAUUACGCUCUAUCGUACUACAUGAGAGAACAUAAAUGUUUCCCGGAGAACACAAAGUUUCAAGAUACGAUGGAUUUGUAUUUCCAACUAUGCUCGAUCGAGGCAAAUGUCGACUCGUUGGCGGUGAUGGCGGCAACGCUGGCAAAUGGAGGAGUGAAUCCGUUGAAUGGAGAGAGAAUUAUCAAUAACAGAGCCUGCCGAGACACCCUUUCAUUGAUGUAUUCGUGUGGAAUGUAUGACUACUCGGGAAUGUUUGCUUUCAAGAAUGGACUUCCAGCUAAAUCGGGAGUUUCCGGAGAUAUGAUCAUUGUGAUCCCAAAUGUUAUGGGAAUUUGCAUCUACUCACCCCGUCUUGACACUUUGGGCAACUCAGUUCGAGGAGUUCUCUUCGCUGACGAGUUCAUCAAUCGAUUCAAUUUCCAUAACUACGACAGCUUGGUUUACUCGGCCACUGACAAGUUGGAUCCACGAAAGGUGGUAGUAGAAGUCGAUCAGGAUAAUACCAGCCGGAUGAUGUAUGCUGCGAAGAUGGGUGAUAUUCAGGCAUUGAAGAGAUGUUUACUGAUCGGAAUGAACAUCCAUGAAAGAGACUACGAUGAUCGAACGGUUCUCCACGUGGCCGCAUGUGAAGCAAACGAUGUGGCGAUUGAGUUCAUUUUGACAAAAUGGAAAGAAUCACCAGAGCCCCGUGAUCGAUUCGGACGAACCCCGGCCGAGAACGCGCUCUUCUUCGGCCACACUCGAUGCUCCGAGUUACUUUUUCGUGCGAAUGAGUUCUUUCUUGGGCGAAUCGAUGAA